GGGGAUUUUUUUAAGGAGGUAGACGACCAGGAGAUUGUGACUGUGGCCUCGCAAGCUGAGGAACAACUUCCUCAAGAGAAUUAGCACUGAUCCCAGUGUCAGUCUACACUCACUCUUCAAACCAAAAGGGUAUUUAAAGCCUCAAGAGGCCCUGCUCCUCCUCCUUUUCCUGUUCCUGCUCCUCCUGCUACUCCAGCGCUGUGGACUCCUGGCCCCCUGCAGAGCUUCCUGGACACUGGAAGGAGCAUCUUCCAUCAUUCCAGCAGGACUGGAUCCGGAAGACUUUGUUUAGGGCUAACUCUAAAACAGGGAAGCCAGAGCUGGUGCCACAGCUCACCUUCUGGUGGUACCCUCCCCAGCCUCCGACCACCUGCACCCAGCCUCCUGCGUCUCCUGGCCUCUUCUACUGCCGCCCUUUGUUCCUCUGGAUGCCUCUGAAGAUGUGGUCCAUUCCACUCAUCUGUGCCCAGCCAGCAAUGCAAUAGCCACAGGUUGACAGCAGCUGGCCUGUACAGCACUGUGUGCAAGGUGCUGGACAUAGAUGGGUGGUAUGACAUGGCCACAGAGUAUCUAGAGUGCAAAGGGUGUAAGAAGAAGUAUUCGGCCUGGUCAGAGGACAUCCUAGGACAGCUGGACAUGGGGCACCGCAGGAAAUUCUCCGCCCUUCUGACAUACAGGCACUCAUGUGACUACCGAGUGGUCAUUCUGAUGCGGGAGAGGACUCAGGGCAAUAGUGUCACGCAGCUUCAUAAGAAGCUGGAAGAAGAGCACAGCGCAGCAUGGACUCGGCGCACGCUCGAGUACCUUGCUGCCUGUGAGCCCUUCAGUGACUACUUUCUGGUGGAGACGCCAGUGUUCUCUGCUCCCCCGCCCCUCCUGGCCCUCCCUAAACCCAGGUGGCUUCUGGCUGUGUACGCCAGGGACGUCCUCUCACGGCUGCCUGAGGUUACCAAGAAACUGGCCGGUGCAGCUGCCAACACUGCUGGGUGGUGCACCAACAUCGGCAACGAGCACGGCAGCGCUCUGUCCAGCCUCUUCUGCCUCCUCUACAGCCCCCUACUGUGCAGCGCCCUGCUGAUCCUCCUCUGCCUCCUCUUGGGAACGCCCUGUCCAGCCAAGUGGAGCCUCUGGUCCUGCAGCAUCAGCUGGGUCCAGCGCAGACCAGGCCCCUGCUGCAGUCCUCAGACCUGACGGCAUCCCAGGUUGGGAUAAGGUCCAGGACUUGGCCGAGUACCUGGUGUCCCUGAAUCAGGCUCUCUAUCU